GAACUCAGUGAUUUUUAUCAGGCUGCCAGAGAAACUGGAGUAAAAUCACCAGCAGUGAGUGUAUGUGCGUGUGUUAGUGUGAGUGCGUGUGCAGGAUACAGGAUUGAAUAUUACUCACAAAAUUAUACAUUUAUCAAGUCGAAAUGCAUCCAGUGAGAGUGUCGAUCCCGUCGUUUCGUUCAGAAAACAACUCGAUCGAAAAAGGAUACACGGUCUUUAAAAUUGACGUGCUGAUGAAUGGCAGACAGCACACUGUUGAGAAACGCUACAGUGAAUUCCACGCUUUACAUAAAAUGCUAAAGAAGAGCAUAAAGCCGCCCGAGAUCCCUUCAAAACACGUUAGAAACUGGGUUCCUAAAGUCCUGGAGCAGAGGAGGCAAGGUCUGGAGCUCUACCUGCAGACUAUAAUUAUGGAAAAUGAGGUUCUUCCAAAGAUAUUUCUGGAUUUCCUGAAUAUCCGCCACUUUCCUUCAGUGCCAAAAACAGAAAGCUGUGGGUCGUUUGAUACAGAAUCGGAGGAGUCAAGUAAACUUUCACAUCAGCCAGUCAUGCUGUUUCUGAGAGACCCCUACCUGCUGCCAUCUGCACAUGAUGCAUUUUCUAAUGUUGUGAUUGAAGGCGUGAUACAUGGAGUUUUCUACCCAGAUCUUCAACCAAGGUAGAGUUGCAGAGCCAAAUCUGAGGAAAUGUCACGACAAACAGAUGCUUCAUGUUUUUACACCAUUGUAGGUGUGCAUCAGCAAGUACAUAACAUGUUAAGAUACACUGAGCCCCAUUCGUAAAGCAUAUAACAAAAAUGUAUACAUUGGUGCCUAGUCUGGCACACUGGCACCACAUUUUAUAACAUGAAAACAUAAUCUAUCGUCCUUACACCAUCAACAUCCUUACACAAAUUACCAUCAUUUGUUAUGAAGUUCCAUAAUAUUGACCUGCAUUUCAAUGAAUUUGCCUGAUUCUCUUUAGAAAAGAAUUUUUUUGUCAGCUAUAAAAUUAAACUAUAUGUGAUUCAUCUAGGCAGGUUAACUUAAAAACAUUACAGUCAAAAAAAUUAGGAAAAAAUGUCAAAAUCAAGACGAUUAUUUUUGCGACGAUAGUGCUUAAUAUGCCGUAAUAAAUGAUUUUAUAUGGAGAUAAUGAGUGGAAUAAACAUGUUGGAUAAAAACUGGAAAUAGAGGAUGAUUAAAGUGGGGGAGAGCUAGAGUGUUUUUUUGUUUGUUUGUUUUGUUUUGGUUUUUUUUGUUCAGAGAGAGUAUAGUCAGUAAGUACCAUAAGUUAUUGAAUGGUUCUCCAGCUCUGUGGAACUAGAAGGGAAUGCUAACAUCAGCUGGACUGAAGAGACAGAGAAGCGUUUUUGGCUUGUGAGGACAAAGCACAGGGCUGGGGUGCAGAGCUGGAUCGUGGCCCGCAAACAGGGAGGUGCCACCACAUUUAAUCUCUUUUUUGAGCUGCCAAAUGGAGCCAGCCGAGGGAGUGUAAUGGGCCAACGUGGAUGGAUUUUUGAAGAGGGUGCUCUGGUGGAGUUGACAGCAAUAUGCCACAUGAGAGGGUGGAAAUAAUUUAAGCUUUUUGAGGAGGUCACAGCAGUGAUAUGGACCUUCUUUACUGAGCAUCAGAUGUCUGUGAAGGAGAUUUGUGAAGCUACUGGCUGAGCAACUCCAUUUGAUUUGAGAUUUUGGACACAGAGACCCUUUGAAAUGUAACCAUGACAGAUUGUGGCAUAACCUGUGAGAGAAAAGACAUGUUUAGCUUGAGAUGGGUGUUACUGGAGCUGUAGAAACAAAUGUUGACAGAGAAAUUAAGAGAGGAUUAGUGUGACGUGUCCAUUUCUUACUUAUGCCUCUGUGCUUCCUUCACUUGCAUAUCUUCCUCCUUCUACAGCUCUGCCCACAUAUGACAUAGGAGGGAAAGAAGCAGUGAGAUAUGAGCCUUGAAGAACAGCCUGGUGGAACUAAUCACAGGGUUUGGACUGCUAUUGCCAUUCCAUACUACACUCAAGCUCUCUCCUACUUAAACCAAAAAAUCUUAGUAUGACAUUAUAAUCUAGCUGUAGUCUGUACAAAAUAAUGGUAACUCAAGCGUAAAUCCCUUAAUUACUGACCAGAGCUGACACUAACCUGUUUUUUUUAUAUUGUCCCAAAUCUCAUUAAAACCAGCUUCAGACUCUGCACAAACACCGUCUCAGUAGCUGUAGGCACAGGUAGAUUUUCACAGGGUUUCACUUUGUGCUUUGGAAAUGAGGGUCAUGUUGAUGGUAACAUUUGGCUGAAGGCCAGUACCUAACACUAAUACCAGUCAUUUUGCAUUUAAUGUUGAAUUUAUACAUAACAUAGAAGGCCAGUUUUUCAGCUGUGGCGAGUAGAGGCCAUCGUGUAAAGGGAUGAGAGUGGGAGAGGUGGUGAUUUAAACCACAACCAGUAAAAUAUUGUGCAAUAUGAAAUAAAAUAGUGUUUAUGUUGGUCCCUGUAAAUGAUUGUCUGUGAAACUACAACUCAUCUCCUGUUGUGAACACUGUAAUUGACUUGUAGUGAAGCAUUAUGUUGCAUGUCACUUCACGAACACUACAUGACUACAUGAACACUUGUCUGACAUGCCUUUAGUGUUUUCUUAUGUGACUGGACCUCCACUACAGCACAGUGACACAACUACACAUUCAAGUUAAAUGACUCUUGAACAAUUAACCUCAACUAAACAGAUCACGAUUCUAUGUUUUAACAAAGUAAAUAAUUUCCUUGCAGAUUUAUAUGUAUUUAUAUUAUGUAACAUUGUACCCUUCGUGCUCUGAAUAUGUGAAAAGUGUCAUUAAUGUGCCAUAAUGUCAACCUACAGUGAACACUGGAAUUCUACUGUAGCACUUUAAAAUGGGCGACAUGUAAAAAUACUGACACCAAUAAAAUCCAUCAUUUCCACAAUA